AUGGCGAACUCUCCGCCCGCACAAGGCCAAGACACCGCGAUGAUGGAGCGCGCGACGACGACCAGAGGCCUCUGCGAAGAAGACGACUCGCCCACCGGUUCGCCAGUGGCAACUGGUCCCUCCAAAGGCUUCUCAAACGACGCCAAGGCCACAAACAUCGACUCAACAGUGACCUCUUCAGUCGCAAGCUCGACGGCCAGCGACGAUGACUCGGAGGGCGAAGUUCGUCGACCCGUGGGGAGGGCGGCGCGCCGCAUGCUAGGUGGCGAUCGAUCAAGCAAUGGCAGCCAUCAGCAGACAUCUUCAAUGGCGCAGCCGUCGAUGACAGCCACAUUCGAUGCCGACGACGACGAUGAACUCUACACUGCAACCCCGAAGCGCAAUGUGCGAGCGCAGAGCAAGUCGCCGUCUAGCCAAGCGAGUGCGGCACGGUCAACUUUAUUCGUCAGCCCCGCCAGAACAGAGCGGGAGGACAGUGACGAUGACCUUCCGGACCAACCAACUGGGCUCAAGUCAAAGCUUGCGGCGCUUGUGGCAGAAAAGCGCGCCGCGAGGCUUGCGCGAGAAGCAGAGGAAGAGAGCGGACGUGCGGACUCUGCUCACGUUUCAUCAGAUCUGCCGGACGAAAUCGUGCAAGGUUCGCAGGAUCCAUUGGACCCGGAAGUGGAACGCAUCAUGUCCGACGCAGUGAAGCCAACUCGUAAGGCGAGCAAGAGGGCUUUGCUGGAGAUGGAGCGUGAGACGCAACGUAUGGCUCGCCAGCAGGCUCUGGCCCAUCAGAUGAAGACGCGCAAGAAAUUCACGACGAACGACCUCUUCGCCAAAUUCAAUUAUCGCCCUGCAGGACAGCCUGUAGGACAGGUGCUACCAGCGCAGAAUGAUCCCGACACUUCUGCUUCGUCAGCACCCAGCAGCGAUGCGCCCGCGAGAGAACCAUUCAGCACUCCUCCAUCAAGUCCGCCCACCCCACUGGAUCGUCCAACGCCUUUGGAGCGUCAGAGAGCGCUUGUCGAGCAAGGUGCUUUAAGCAAGAUGCAGCCCGUUCGCGAGGACCGCCUGCCUACUGUGAUGGAGAUGCCCAACGAAGACGAGCUUCCCGACAUCGCUGAUAUCUUCAGCUCGGCCCGCAAAGUGAAGAGAGCCGAAGUACGACCGAUCAUGGCAAUGCCUAGUCCCUCAAAGGCGGCUCCAAAGAAGGGCCUUAAGGUUGCACGUCUCGGCAAGAAUGCCGUCCCUCCUGCAGCUAGCGAAAGCAGUGACGAUGACUUGGAAAUCGUCAAGGAGAUGCCUCAUCACUUGAGUGUAUUCGACAAGGCCAAAGGAACCCUGAAGCGACAGCAUGCAGAUUCGGCUGCCAUUCACAGGCUCAAGCACCUGGCGCAUGUUGGCAUGGAUGAUUCCCGCACCGCCAGCCGCAAGAACGGCAAAGCUCAGCGCCUUAUUGGUGCACAAGCCUUGGAGCAGCAGCUUCGCUUGAGAGCCAAAGAGCAAGCUCGAGCUGAGCAACUUGAGCGGAUCGCGGAACUCAAAGCGAAGGGGAUCGAGGUACAGACUUCCGAGGAGCAUGAGCGUGAGCAAGAGAUGUUCGAGAACUUGCUCGAGAAGGCCAGGUUGGAGGCAGUCGAGCUUCGAAAGGCUGAGAAGAAUGCUACCAAGGGCGAAAAUGGUGGAGCAGCUGCAAGCGACGAUGAGAGCGAGGAUGAGGAUUACGUCGACGGCUCCGGAAGCGAGGGCGAUGGACGUGACAACAAUGACAUGGUCGACGAUAUUGCCGACGAAAGCGAAGACGAGGACGAGGAGGAUGGCAGUGACAGCGCAAGUGACAAUGGCGAAGAGGAAGCAGAGAUCGACAAUCCUGCAGAAGCGAUGGGCGAUGCUGGAAGUGAAGAGGUCGUUGAGGCUACAAAUGGAGAGCUUCUCACACAAGCAAGCCCAGAACAGACUCCUAUGAUUGGACGAAAGCCACGAAAGUCUCGCAUCAUCGUGGACGACGAAGACAGUGAUGGCGACGUCCCUCGGCAGCUGCCAAACGCUACUCCGACUGCGACUUCGACCCAGGCUGAUCCAUUUGCGGCCUUCGGUUUCGGUGCUGCAAAGCCUGCUAGCUCGUUGAUGAGCCCAACACAGAUGUUCAAUGCCACGAUGCAGACGCCUACCCAAAUUACUCAACAGGACUCGCUGGAUGUUCUCAAUUGCCUUGUACCGCCAACAUCGUCAUCUCUCCCACCCGUGUCACUGGACUAUGGGGCACAAACAUUCGACGAUACACAAGUCAGCAUGAUUCCAGGCAGUCAGGUCGAAAGCCAGCCAAUCAAGCUAGCAUGGGAGACGCAACCACCAGAGACGCCUCUUCAGACCAUGAAGAGAGGUAGUUCCAAUCUGACUUUGGCAACUCCAGGGUGGGAGCCGUCGCAGGAUGCAGGUCUGCCCGAGACCUGGCAGGCCAACGCUGGACUAGAGCGAGAAGACACCUUAGACUCUGCAUCGGCCCACGAUACACAGUCAACAGUGCGCCUUCGCAUCAGCGAGUCGCCAGCCGCGAUCGCCACCAAGCGCAACCGUCUUGUGCGCGGUAGGCGAGUCGCAGUUGAGGAGAGUGACGGGGACGACGAUACUGCUCCAGUAAAGUCAUCAAAGCUAGAAAAGAAGAAUGCUUUUCGUGAAAUGGCUCGCAAGCGUAGGGAAGCACUCACCGAGGCUGAGCGGGCGGAAGCCGAACGAGAAGCCAAGGAAAUGAUGGAGGAUCAGGCCGAGGAAUCCGAAGACGAAUAUGCAGGCCUUGGAGGUGACGACUACGUUGCGCCUGAGACGGACCAGGACCGAGAAAUGAUCGAUUCGAGUCAUGUUGAGGUCGAUGAGCGACAGCUUGCUGCACACUUUGCAGAGCGACAACGUGCCGAAGAUGAAGCUGGCGCCAACAAGUUGCUGAGAGACCUGCAGACUGGCGCUUUGAGGAGGAAGCAGGCCAACAUGUUCGACCUGGAUGACGAUGAAGACGAUCUUGCAGUCCGGCGGCGACAAAUGAGACAGCGCGAGGAGGCUAGGAAGAGAAAGCUCCUGCUUCAAGACGAUAACAUUGCUGGCCUGGCAGAGGGCAAGCAGAGCAAGGGCAAGGAUGCCUUCUUGCGGGCCAUUGCUGAUGACGACGAUCGGGACGACGACGCUCUAGACCUCUCAGAUGGAGAUGAAGAGGAGCAGACGAGUCAAUCCGAUAGCCAAGCUUCGCAGCAGCCCACAGAGACGAGUGCACCACUGCGAGAAGUCAGUGUUAACAACAUGAAGCGUCGUCGCGAUGUGGAUUCGCACGAGCGUCCAUCCGCCAACAAGCGUCGUACGAACACCUCUGCAUUCAAGGCUCCGACUUCUCUCCUAGAAGUGAAGCAGUCCGUCAGUUUCUUGCUCGACGAACCCAACAUUCCCAUGGCUGCUCCGAAAUCUCUGGACAACAACUCCGAUUCCGAGCAGGAGGAUGGAGAGACAGCACAGCACGACGACGAAGACGACCAAGUUCGCGCAAUGGAAGAAGAAUCCUCCCGUCAGAACGACGGAGGCUUCGCUCCCGACCGCAUCGCCAUGCCACCACCUAGACUCCCAGCAUCACAACGCCGCACCCCAGCCGUCGUCGACCGCCUAUCCCUCAAGCGCGUCCCAAGCGCCACCGACAGCGCCCACUCACGCACCGCAUGGGCAGCCCCUGCCGGCGGCGGCGGCUUCAAAGUUCCAUCUCUUCUCCGCCGCGCUACAACCAACACUGCUACUAACGAUCGUGGCGUGACGACUUCCUUGUCCCGCGAGAACAGUACCGGUAUCAGCGGUGUCAAGAUUGGCGGCAGCAAGAAGAGCAGUCUGGCAUACCAGGCUCGCGAAGGCGAGAGGCGUGCUAUCGUCGAAGCUAGUAGCAAGAGGAGGGCGGAGAAUACUGCUCGUAUUGCUCAACUUCGUCGCAAUGCUAGUGGGGGUGUUGGAAAGGGUUUUGCUGGCAGGUUCGAGUGA